AUGGAAAUGUAUGUGCUGCCUCUACUUUUGUUAAGUGUCCUGGUUCUUAGAGAGACUUGGGCUGGCUCUCACUCUCUGAAGUAUUUCUACACCGCCAUGUCUCGACCCGGGCUAGGAGAACCAAGGUUCAUCGCCGUAACCUACGUGGACGAUCAGCUGGUCUUGAGCUUCGACAGCGACAGCAACAGCCAGAGCAUGGAGCCCAGGACGCAGUGGAUCCAGCGGGAGACCCCCGACUACUGGGAACGAGAGACGCGGAUUUCCAGGGAAGCCACCCAGCGUUACCGAAUGUGCUUGCAGAAAGUACCCACAUACUACAACCACAGUGAGGGAGGGGUUCACACAUACCAGAGGCUGUCAGGCUGCGAGGUGUUCUCCAACGGGAGCUUCAGCCGCGGCUACGUGCAAUAUGCCUACGAUGGACAGGACUACCUAGCUCUAGAUACCGAGACCCUGCGCUGGAUCGCGGGGGAUGUAGGAGCCCUGAACAAUAAACGCAAGUGGGAAGCGGAUCAAAGCAUUGCGGAAUAUUGGAAGGUCUAUAUGGAGGAGGAGUGCGUGUACUGGCUUCAGAGACACCUGGAGAACGGAAAGGAGACGCUACUUCGGACAGACCCACCCUCCGUACGAGUGACCCGACACACAACUUCUGACGGGGAGGUGACAUUGCGGUGCCGGGCCCAGGGCUUUUACCCUGCGAAGAUCUCACUGACUUGGCUAAGGGAUGGAGAAGAACAGCUCCAGGACACAGAGCUCAUUGAGACCAGACCUGCUGGAGAUGGAACCUUCCAGAAGUGGGCAGCUGUGAGGAUGCUCUCUGGAAAUGAACAGAAAUAUACCUGCCGAGUGCAGCACGAGGGACUACCUGAGCCGCUCUUCCUGAAAUGGGAGCCACAGCCCUCCAUAGGGCUAUCUGCAGGGGUCAUCACUGCUCUCCUUCUCCUCAUUGCAGUCAUUGCUGGAGUUGUGAUCUGGAGGAAAAAUAGUUCAGAUGGAAAAAGAGGGAGCUAUACUGCAACUACAAGUAGUGAUAGUGCCCAGGGAUCAGAUGUCUCUCUUACAGCAAAAGAAUAAGGAACCUACCAUGUUUGGGACAGAGGGAAAAAAAAGAAUAGAGGAAUCUAUUUCUCCAUUUCCUUUGUCUGCCCCACUGUUUCCCAGAUUUCUGCUUCCCUUCUAAUUUUGGAUACAUUGCU